UGCUUACAAGGCCAGUGAGAGUGAAGGAGAAAGACGCUGAUUACCGCAGUUACUGUUAAUUAAAAUAAAAAUUUUAAAGAGGAGAUUUCUACAUUCUACACAUAGUGGAUCUUUAAAUAUCAUCUGUCUGAAGGCCGAUGUCACCGUCUUUUACAGAAUGUUGAGAAAUAUCACCAUAGCAGCAAUCCUCAUGUUACUGACAGGAAUUCAGGCUCAUCACAGAGUAACCUUCUCCUCUCAUAGUGCCUGUGCUGUUAUUGAAUCUACAGUAAAAAUGUCCUGUAGAUUUACAACACCUGAUCCCUCCAGCGUCACAAAGAGAGAAUGGUAUCGUGUCCAGAACCAUGAAAAAGAGCCACAAGUUCUUGACACGGAUCCAAAAUACUCAGGACGAGUGUCUGUAAGCACAGUGACGUCUAACUGUGAGCUGACGCUGAGCAACGUGAGUGUGAUCGACUCUGGAUUUUACAACUUCAGAUUUAAAACACAGAGAAGCGACUGGAUUUCAGGCUCAUUUGGAGUUCAUCUGACAGUCACAGACUUGCAGGUGAAAGUGGAUCCUAAAACUAUACGACAGAAAGAAGUGAAAUUGGCCUGUAGCUCCACCUGCCCUCUCAGCGCAUCACGUUUCUGCUGGUACAGGAAUGGUCAAUUCAAGAAAUGCACAAAUGACUCCUCCAUUAUUCUUGACUCCACCCGUCCAUCUAAUGUGGGCAGCUACUCCUGUGGAGUGCAUGAGAUGUCAUACCGCUCUCCUUCAUUGUGUGUACUGGGAAAAGAGUGUUGGGGUGUGACUUACACUCUUAAUCAUGUUUGUACUCUGAAAGGCUCAUCGAUUAAUCUCUUCUGCUCUUAUAAAAAUCCUGCACGCCACACAGUGACUAAAUCUGUGUGGUUCAUUAAACAGCAGACUGAUGGUGAGCCUGUGGAUGUGAGGGAGGACGAGUCAUAUCAGGGCCGAGUGCAGUACAUACAGAGCUCCCAGAAUAACUGCGGUCUGAGAAUCACUAAUCUGAAAGAGACAGACACUCAAACAUAUAGACUGAGAAUCUACAGUGAGGGGCUCAUUACACAGGCGAACCCGGGGUCUCUCUGUCUGUCACAGGUCUGCGGGUGACAGUGGGAUCGACCACAAUAGAUGGAGAAACAGUAACACUGAGCUGUAUGACCACUUGCGCUCUGUCUAACAACCGUGCUUACAUCUGGUACAAGAACGGACAGCGUGUGUCUGACUGUAAAUCUGCCUCCUGCUCUGUAGCUGCAGUCAGUAGUGCAGUCAGUUACAGCUGUGCUCUUGAAGGCCACGACGGUCUCGAAUCUCCUCCAGUGUAUUCCCCUAAAAACACCAGAGCAGUGGUUCUUUCCUCUGGAGAGCCAGUAGAGGGGGAUUUAGUGACUCUGAGCUGUAGCAGCGAGGCAAAACCUCCUGUUCACACCUACUCCUGGUUUAAGCAGAGAGCAACUGCAGACACACUGCUGACAACCGGACAGAAUUACAGCAUCAGGAACAUCAGCUCUCAGCACAGCGGACUCUACUACUGCACCGCUCACAGCCAGAUGGGACGGCACAACUCUACACCCGUUCACCUGGAUGUGUUGGCCGUGGCGUGGAAGCUGCAUGCUGUAUGGGGAGCUGCUGCACUCAUUCCUGCUCUGCUUCUUUCGCUUCUUGCUGCUGCGCUGUGCAUUAAGAGGAAGAGAGGAGCAAAGAAAGUGACAGAGAUUCAGUGUGUUCCAACGUCUGAAGAUGACAUAUACACAGCAAUAAACCCAAUAAAUAUGUCCCCGGAUUAUGACAGUCUACUGAUUGUCCAAGACUCUGCUAAUGACUCGUAUACCCCAAUGAAACCUGUGAUCAGGCCUUGUGAGCAGGCACAGUGACGGACGCGGCUACUCGACUCGGUGAGGAGAAGAACUGGAGAAUGGGAACUAAAAGUUGAGUUUGGUUUGUGACUUUUAUAUUAAGCAUCAUAACAAACACAGGACGGAUGCUCUGAGUGAGUUUUAAUAUCAGAAUUGAGGAUUCGAGUUAAACAGCUUUUAGAUCACAAACUAAUUUCUGUCUUAUUUAAUUGUCAUUCAUUUAUAUUACUUUUUUUUAUUUAGUCUGUUAAACUGUCUUUCUGUACAUUUCACAUAUUACACACACACACACACACACACACAGUACAUAUACUGUAUACUGUGUAGCAGCCUAGAGGUGUGCGAUAUUGACAUAAUUUUUUCUUUUUUGUGUAAUGGUCAGUUCACAACAGUGCAGAGAUUAAUAUUUUCCAAAUGCAUAAAUUAUACUGAUAUUUGAGAUUAUAAAAAAAAGAGAAGAUACUUUAAAUGUGAAAUUAAUACCACCAGUGGCUUGUUGGUGAAAUAGAGCAAAAACAGGCAAUGUGGUGUCUAAAAUUUCCCACACAUUGAUUUGGAUGAAUAAAGUUCUAUCUAUCUAUCUAUCUAUCUAUCUAUCUAUCUAUCUAUCUAUCUAUCUAUCUAUCUAUCUAUCUAUCUAAAAUUUAAGUCUUUUGAUAUUAACAUCUUGUUUAUUGAACUGUUGUAAAAAAACUAUCACAAUUGUAAUCAUGCUGCUUUUGAGAGAUAAAAACGACACUGUGUGAUAAUGAUUAACUAUAUGAAAUGAUAUAAAUGUACACAUUCUGCCCACAAAUCUUGAAUUUUGUGAUCAUUCUAAAGAUGCACACGCACACUAGUCUAACCUACUAGACUUCAAUGUCAAAACGCACAUUGUUAAAAAAACAAUUGCGAUUAUCGUAGACUAUAUAUAUCGGACAAACCCUUCACAUGGUCACGUUGUUUAUAUAGUAUUCUGUGUUAGUGUUAACACCAAUGUGUAACAAAUCACUGAUUAAUUCAUUCGCCUUGGUUCAAUUUACCAAAUUCCUUUUUUCUGUCAUUUUACCUGUAUAGCUAAACAUCUGUAAGUGUUGUUUUUAUGUGUUUUGUACUGAAGUGAAAAGCUGGCUAACAAUGACAAAAACUGAUAAUGAUACCAACCUCCAUGAAGGUUAACUUUUACUUUGCUUGAUUUGUUACUGUCAAAUUGUACUGUCCUGUUACUGUUUUUAAGAAUGAACAAUAAACCUCUGAGGACAGAAUACUGAA